UUUUGAACUUUUAGUCUGUACACAGUUGCAAUAUCGUGCACAUCGUACGUCACUCGGCUGUUUCUCAAUUUCAAAACUCAUAUUUUACUAGAGUCUUUGGUUUAAAAGUGCAAAGAUAUAAAUAAAUAUAAAAAGCAAAGAUAAAAACUACGGCAAAGACUAAUAGUAAAGAUAUGAAGCUAGAGGAUACGAUUAGUCAGGCGACAAGAGUCUGGCUAGAAGUUUUUGGCAUCUGGCCAAACUCCUCGUGUAUUUUUCUUCGUAGAAUGUUUUGGACUGCAGCACUUAUAAUUGAACAAGUUGGUCAAUAUCAAUAUAUCAUAAUGCAUUUAUAUUCUACCGAGGUAUCCGAAAUAAUGAAUCUUUUGAGUGCAGCAAUGUCGUUCACGUUAUUUUGUAUUAAACUCGGCACUUUUUGGUAUAAACAGCGAACGUUUAAGAAAAUACUAGCGAUGAUGGCGAUCGAUUGGGACAAGUGUUUCAGGGCGGAAUUCGAUACAUUUACAACGAUAAACCAUGCUAAACUGUCACAGCGUUUCUCUAAUACGAUAGUGGCUCUCUUUUCAAUAGCUGCAAUUUUAUAUAGCACUAAUAUUGUUCGUAUGGGUACCGAUAAAACUACCAAUGCUUCCAUUAGACAGCCGCUUAUUCUAGAAAUGGAUCUACCAUUCGGUGACGGAAGAUUCGUAUACGAGUUGGUUAUAAUUGCUCAAUUUCUUCAUUUGGUGAUAUGUUCUUGUUGCAUUGCCUCAGUAAACGCACUGCUUGUAAAUUUGAUACUGCAUGCAAGUGGUCAAAUCGAAAUUCUUCGUGAAUGGUUGAUGAAAAUUUUCCCGAAGGAAAAAGAAAGAGACGCGAAUCUUUUUAUGGUAAAGAAAGCAAUUAGAAAACAUCAGAAAAUCAUCAUCUUUUCAGAACACAUCGAAGAGCUGUAUUCAAAUAUUGCAAUGGCGCUGUUUGUAUCGGAUACUCUAGUUAUCUGCUUCUUGGGUUUCAUAAUCGUCACAUCAAUCGGUACUCCUGAUGCUACAAGAAUUAUAAUAAGAACUGUUGUAUUUUAUUUUGUCAUAAAUAUGGAAGCGUUUAUAUUCUGCUUCGCUGGCGAAUAUUUAAGUUCUAAGAGUCAAAGCAUUGCCGAUGCUGCAUACGAUUCCUAUUGGUAUGAAUCAUAUACUACUGACAAUCGGAUCAUACCAUUUUUAAUAAUGAGGUCACAAAGUCAAUUGAGCAUUACAAUUGGAAAAAUUACAAACUUGUCUUUGGAACGAUUUACCAGCAUUAUAAGAGUUUCAGCCUCCUAUGUAUCAGUUCUACAUGCCAUGUACUGAAGUACAAGACAUCGAAUUUCCAAUAAGAACUGAUUAGUUACAGAGAAUUAACACAUGAAUAAAAAUUAACGAAAAGUUGC